GGAGUACUAAUUACUUCGAUAAUUCACCUUAAAAAAAAAUUACUUCGAUAAUUUUAUAAACACUUUAGUUACCUUUUCCACCAUUUUUGGUCUGUGUGAUGCUGUAUCAUCGUCUUUCUUCGUUUCCAUACUUUCUCCCCCUUUUCAUUCAUCAGAAGCGCACUAUCAUUUCAAGAACCCUAGAAAACCACUGAUAAAUCUAAAUUAGGGAGAAAUGUUCCCGCAAUUCGGAGCAACAGCAGAAUCACUCAGCAAAGCAUCAACAAUGGUGUUUCGGAUCGGAACUGAUGCUCAUCUCUAUGACGAUCCUGAGGAUGUCAAUAUUGCUCCUCUUCUCGAUAGCAAGUUUGACUCGGAGAAAUGCGAAGCUCUUAAGCGUCUUCUGGCUCUCAUUGCUCAAGGAUUCGAUGUCUCCAAUUUCUUCCCUCAGGUUGUCAAGAAUGUGGCAUCACAUUCCUUGGAAGUCAAGAAGCUGGUGUACGUAUACCUGCAGCAUUAUGCGGAAAAGCGACCAAAUGAAGCAUUAUUAUCAAUCAAUUGUUUUCAGAAGGAUCUAGGAGACACCAACCCUUUGGUGCGUGCAUGGGCACUCCGUACUAUGGCGGGUAUUCGCCUACAUGUAAUAGCACCCCUUGUUCUAGCUGCUGUCAAUACAUGUGCCAGAGAUCCAUCUGUCUAUGUUAGAAAAUGCGCUGCCAAUGCUCUUCCUAAAUUGAAUGAUUUGCGGCUAGAUGAAAAUGCAUCUGCAAUUGAAGAGGUUAUCGGUAUACUACUAAAUGAUCAUUCACCUGGAGUUGUUGGAGCUGCUGCUGCUGCUUUUAACUCAAUAUGUCCAAAAAACUUGCCUUUGAUUGCAAAAAAUUAUAGAAAGCUUUGUGAAGUUCUCCCUGAUAUAGAAGAAUGGGGUCAAGUUAUUCUGAUUGGUAUUCUAUUGCGUUAUGUGAUUGCAAGGCAUGGCCUUGCAAAGGAAUCAGUGUUAUUUUCUCCCUGUGUUACUGAGGCUAAGUGCUGUGAAAAGGAUGAUGUAAAUCCUGGCAUUCACUUCCAGGGCAGUGGUGACUUGGCCCUUGGAAGCACUCAGCCAGAGUUAGUGGGUUUGGUUGCGAGGUCAUACACUGAAGGAUCUGAUGAGUACCUAUCACGUUCAACUUCUGAGAAAAAGAUAUUUCUUGACCUGGAUGAUGCAUCCUUAACUUCUGUUACCAAUGAUGACUUGAUGAUGCUUCUGAAGUGUACAUCACCUCUACUAUGGAGUCAAAAUAGUGCUGUAGUACUUGCAGCUGCUGGAGUGCACUGGAUAAUGGCACCAAAGAAUGAUGCAAACAGAAUUGUGAAGCCAUUGUUGUUUCUCUUAAGAUCAUCACACGCCUCAAAAUAUGUGGUGCUCUGCAACAUUCAAGUUUUUUCUAAAGUCAUGCCUUCUCUUUUUGCCGAUUUCUAUGAAGAUUUUUUUGUAUCAACUUCAGAAACAUAUCAGAUAAAAGCUCUGAAGCUUGAAAUUCUGUCUUUAAUUGCUACAGAUUCUUCAAUUUCUAGCAUUUUUCAGGAAUUCGAGGAUUAUGUUAAAGAUCCAGAUAGAAGAUUUGCUGCUGAUACGGUAGCUGCCAUUGGUCUAUGUGCUCAACGUCUUCCGAAACUCGCUAAUAUGUGCUUGGAAGGGCUUUUAUCACUUACCAAAAAGGAAUUUUCAUCUAUUGAGAAAGAUGCUUCAAAUGGAGAAGCUGGAAUACUGAUUCAAUCUGUAAUGUCAAUGAAAGCUAUCAUAAGUCAAGAUCCACCAAGUCAUGACAAGGUAAUUAUUCAAUUGGUUCGGAGUAUGGAUUCUAUCAAGGUGCCUGCAGCCCGAGCAAUAAUUGUGUGGAUGGUUGGAGAAUACAAUUCUUUAGGAGACAGAAUUCCUUUGAUGUUAACUUCAGUGCUCAAGUAUCUUGCUCAUUGUUUCACUUCAGAAGCUGCUGAAACAAAACUUCAGAUACUUAAUACUGCUACUAAGGUCUUGUUGUAUUCCAAAAGUGAAGAUCAUUUAACAAUUAGAAAACUUGUAAGUUAUGUGCUUGAACUGGCAAGAAACGACAUGAAUUAUGAUGUCCGAGACCGAGCUCGUGCUUUUUCAAAAAUAUUGUCAACAUUUUUAGAAUCUCUUGAUGAUGAUGUAAAUCAUGCCUCGCCAAAAGAGGGGGCAGCACAUCUUAUUGCAGAAAAAAUGCUCGGCCCAUCCAAAGGGUUGCCAUUGUCUCAACCCCUCAAUUCCCGCUUUUAUCUUCCUGGAUCUCUUUCACAAAUAGUUCUGCAUGCUGCGCCUGGAUAUGAACCUCUCCCUAAACCUUGUAGUUUGCUUCUUGCUGAUGUUGACAAAGACUCAAAUAUUAUCAAAGAAAAAGAGAGCUUUGGGGACUAUGCAACAGAUGAUUCUGAGACAUUAUCUGGUUCUCUGGAUGAGGAAAACGUGUCUGGUUAUAGUUCUCAGCAUUCAAAUAGCGGGUCAAGUUUUGAUGAUGGCAGUGAGGAGAGUGAAUCUCCUAAUGAAGCUCAUAAGAGUGCAGAUCCAUUGAUCCAGAUUUCAGAUGCUGAUAACGCUUUUGAGGGGCAGAAUUGUGCUGAAACUAGUCAUGCCCAAUCUGGAUCUGGCGGAGUAGAGGAAAUAUUUUCUAGAAGGAACUUAGAGUCAUGGUUGGGUGAGCAACCUGUUCUGUCGGACCUGAAACCAUCUGGUAUCAAUACCGUUCAAAGAUCUGCCAGAAUUUCCAUUGACGAUUUUGGCAAUCGAGUCAAGCCUAAAUCAUAUACUCUUUUGGAUACUGUGACUGGCCAGGGUUUGAAGGUGGACUAUUCAUUUUCUUGUCAGGUGUCUGAUGUCUCACCGUUGCUUGUCUGUGUGGAGGUUACUUUUCAUAAUUGCUCUAACGAUUCUUUCUCAGAAGUGAUACUGGUAGAUGAGGGGGCUAAUAAAGGUCCAGAUUCGACAGAGCAAGGAUUGAUGAAAUUAGAAAGGUCCUCUGCAGUUCACGAUGAUGUCCCAACUUUGGUUCCCAUGGAAGCUAUUAGUUCUCUUGAACCUCGUCGAAGAGUGAAACGAGUCCUUCAUGUUCGGUUCCAUCACCAUCUUCUACCCUUAAAGCUGUCUUUACAGUGCAAUGGUGAGAAGUACCCUGUAAAGUUGCGCCCUGAUAUUGGAUACUUUAUAAAACCCCUAAAGAUGGAUGUUCUAGAUUUUAGAAAUAAAGAAUCACAGCUACCAGGCAUGUUUGAGUAUGUGAGAAGGUGUACCUUUUCUGAUCACGUUGUUGAGCUGAGCAAGGACAAUAGUGAGAACUCCUUUUCGAAAGACGCAUAUCUUAUAAUCUGUGAGAGCAUAGCUUUAAAGAUGCUAAGUAAUGCAAACCUUUUUCUUGUUUCUGUGGAUUUACCUCUGGCAUCUAAACUUGAUGAUGCAUCAGGUUUGUGCUUACGGUUCAGUGCUGAAAUAUUAAGCAGCUCUGUUCCUUGCUUGAUUACCAUUACAGUUGAAGGUGCUUGUUCAGAACCACUGAAUAUGUCAGUGAAAGUCAACUGUGAAGAAACUGUUUUUGGCUUAAAUCUGUUAAACAGGGUUGUAAAUUUCUUAGCUGAACCCUUGUCUAGCUGCUCUUAAGGAAAGAAUAAACUUUCCUGUCUUUAUGUACUUGUCAAACUUGAGAAUUAUUAAGUUGUGGUUCUUUCUUGUCUUACUAGUUUACAUUUCUAUACUUCAAAACAGUUUCUCAUUCUUUUUUUUCUACUUCAUUUUAUUUUCAUUAUCUGUACUUAUUUUAUCAAGGAAAAUUGAUUGGUGGAUUUGUAAAAGCUCCAUGAGAAGCAAGAUUUUAUUUUAUGAUAUCACUUUGUGUAUUGCUCUCUCCAAAACCAUGAUGCUAAUGAAAGCUAACCAGUUGUGUAUUGGCUGUAUUCUCAUUGGUAAUGCUUUGUGCUGCUAAUAACCUGUCUUUGAUAUGGCAGCUUGUAUAUAAUCCUUCACCCAAACUGGGGGCUGGAGUUGUGACAAUUCUACACGCCCUUGAACUUUUCUUUUUGUAGAGUGCGGCGAAGACAAGUUUCAAGUCCAUGAACACUCACGUUGGUAAAGCCUUAGUGAUGCUUAUGGUUGUGUCGCGCACCCUCUUGCCGUCAUUGGUUUAUUUGAAGGAGAAAAGUAUAUUUUUUAUGUCUUGUGAACCUGUUUUAUGUGUUUUGGAUGGAAAAUGGACCCUCUAAUUGUGUGUUUCAGAUUGAAUAUGCACCGCUGAGGUUUCGGUUAUAUUUUUUCGGUUGAACAUGUGUACUACAUACUACGUAGGAGUUCUACAAUCAUUGUUUUGCAAGUUCUAGACAAUAAUUUGUGAAAUAGGAUCGAGAGCGGAAGUUACAUGAACCAGUCCUUUUAUGAGUUAUGAUUGUUAGCUACCUGAAAAGUUUGACAUGUUAUCUGUUUUAUUGUUUCUACUGCAGCUGUGUACCUGCCGUUAUUUAUAAGUUUGCCUGUUGGAUCAACUCUAGGAGUUGCUUAUUUGUGUUUGAUUUUCCUCGAUGUGACAGCAAGUAUUGAAAACCAUAUUGGUAGGGCACAAUUUUUAUCUCCUCGGGCAUUUUUCUGUCUUCUUAGAGACACUCCAUUAUUGCUCUUUCGAGUAUCCCGUUUGAAGGCAAUGAGCCAUAAAUCUUCUCUAUUCAUGGUUCCAUGUGAUCAGCAAAAUCUUGCAUGUUCCAUUUAAGGUAUUUGGGCAUUAGGACCUUUGUCGUGCUUGUCACUCAUAUGGAAGCUUCUAACUAUUCCACUUUUGCUCUAGUAGUAAAACAAGGAUAUUGUCGUGUAAAAAAUCCAGUAUAUUAUACUCAUUGCUGGUGAAGGAGUUUUCCUCGGCCAAGUUCAAAGGUUAUUUUGGUCCAUUUCUGGAGACUGUACUAAUCCGUAAAGUCACGGCAUAGUAACAUUUUUCCUUCAUAUGUGAAAUCGUACAAAAUGAAACUGACGAGUUAGUUCAUGAUGCAGUGUGCAUUAAGAAAGUGGUUUCUGCAUGAAUGAAUUCUGUUUGCUUUCUUAUUAUGUCCUAUUUAGCUGUGAAUUGAUGAAAAUAGGAAAAUUUUUGACUAUCUACAUAUUUUGGAUAGUUUGGAUGCCAUAGAAGGUAAUGCUCAAUAGCCGAAGCAUACAGCAUUAUUCCGCCAAUAUUUAGCAUAGCCUGGUUCAAAAGUGUGCAUUUAUUUUUUCCCUAUCAUAUGAUUUAAGUAUUUAUAAUUUGCCCUUUUGUUCUAGUUUAACGUUAUCCAUGCUUCCUAUCUAUGUUGCUUAAGCCUGCAAAGUAUGAAGAUUAUUCACCUUGUUCUGAAGCGUCAGCAUUCCUUCCUGCGUAUUUGGAAUUGGCAUAGGCUUGUUCCAGAACACAUAACACUUGGGUUAGUGCCAUAUAUUUUGUUCUUUACUGGACUUGGCGAGUUAGAUGUCUUACUGAGCUACAGUAAGUGCAUUAUGGAGGCAUGAUGUUAAUUACGUUUGCAUUGACAUGACAGCUAGUUUUUAUUUUUAUAUCUACAUGAUAAGUACAUGUUGACUGAGGAGUGAGGAAUAUACAAAAGUACCCAAGUUUUCUGGUUGAAGGAUAAGAAUCUGAAAGUUGAGCUGUCUUCAGUGCAUUUGUUGUGAUUUGGAUGAAGUUUUUGAAGGGGCCAAGAUCAAUUUCUGCACCAUAACAAAUUUCUGGAAUUCCGUCAUCCUUAUCGAUAGGUGAUUUUGCUUUACAACUGAGUGGCUCUCGUGAUUCUAUUUGAUUCUCACUGCUUCAUCAUCUGUGCUAUGAUUUGGUUUACAUCUUAUUAUUCUCAGGUAUUUCCGGUAGUUUGUUCUGCUUUCAGUCUUUCACCGAUGGAUUGACAAUGUAAGUGACCCAACACUCAUUUAUUGAAUUAUUCUUUUUUUUUCUGCGUGUUUUGUUUUUAUAUGCUAGUUUGAUUCUUUCACUGUUCAUGAUAAGUUUCUGUAUUAUAGAAAAUGGAAUUCAAAUUUUUUAACUUGAACAAUUUUCCAACCUUAGCAGAAGAGUAAGUUUCGUCAGAGACAGACAGGUGUUUGUGGGUUGCUUCAACUGACAAUCUUUGUUCAGCUUCACCUCAGUGUAAAGAUUCUUUUAAGCUUUCAACGCUGUGUUCCGACCAAGUAAUUUCUUUCUAUGCCACUGCUAAUUCAGGUAGAAGCACCUGCAUCUGCACCAGCAGCAUGAAAUUUAACUGAGUUGAAAUAUGUUGUGAAAAUAUUAAUCCAUAUAUAGCUCAUUGAAUGUUCACGUUAAGUUUCUAGUUUUCUUUGAAGGAGUAUUAGUCAAAUGAAGCAUAUUGCAAAAAAUAGGGGCCUGAUCAUCAUGAAACCAUAUGCAUUGACCGCAAAGUUCGUUUUGCGAUUGAUAUUGAAACCAUAUUUUUGGAUUGUGGUAUGAUGUAUGACCCAUAUCCAAAUCGAGAUCAUAUGUUUUUGUCCUCAAAUAAAAGGCUAUAAUUUGAGUUUAAGAGUAUUUUUUUAAGGCCAUGUAACAAAGUUAAUAGCUGAGAUUUAGUACUUGUUGGGAUGUGAGAGACUAUGAAUAACAAAUAAAGCAAUGAUGCUAUUGAAUGUUUUUUAUGCUAAGAUCAUAUCAUGCACAAACUCCAUAACUGAUUUACUGUUCUAAUAGACCAAGCGAAAUGCCUCAUUAACUCAUAUGCACUUCUUAUUUAUGUGAAGUUGAACAUGACGUUUGCUACCAAGGGUCAAUUGGAAACAACCUUUUUGUUAAUUUAAUUGUUAACAAGGGUAAGAUUAAGUAUAUCCGAUCCUCCUAAACUCCAUCCUAGGUGGGAACCACACAACGGCAUUGGGUUAAUGGAAUCUUGUUGAACGAAUGGUCUAAUAGAGCCAGAUUCCUAUUUCAAUGUGUUUUGAAGCACACCGUACGUCUGCAGCUCCUCGACCUGUUGAACAUGAAUUCCGAUCAUUAAACUAUGAACACUUAUUAUUCGAAAUUGAUCAUGUUCCAAGUAGUGACCUCCUCAAGAGUGAUCCUUCUGUGCUGCUUCUGGUUCAAUGUCAUGAGGAAAUUUUCAAAUUUCAUAAUUGUCGUGAAGAAUUACCAAUUUUUCCGAGUCAUUGACUGCAAAUCUGCAGUGUUCCACCAAUUUUAUUAAAGACUUAUGUACACGGAGAAUGGGAUAGUAUGAAACUAGAACAAGGUUGAGUUGCGAUGUAGAAGGUAAUGAGCUGAUAGUUGGAGAUCUAUAACCAAUGGUGAAGCCAACACUUACGCCAAAAUAUUAGAUUAUAGUUGUUUGAGAGACCAGAAUUCAUACAAGUUUCUUAUAAGCUAAUUUCAAAAAAGUUAUGAAGUUGGCCUUGGCCACCCUAUCUCUGCCUAUGUUUAUGACAAAAUCAUACGACAACCAAUGUUAGUAAUGCUUAAUAGAAUUCUAUUAGGAUUAUAUUUUCAAGCCUAUUGUGCAUAACCCUAAAAGAUAAAAA